UUUGGCUGGCUGUAUAUUCUUUUUAAUGUUUGGAUCUGUAUAUCUCUACGGAAGCCACCGUAGGGUAGAGACGGCUCUCUCUUCUCUUUCUCUUGUUUUACCCUAAAUACACAUGCUCAUUUUUUUUUCUACUUAAAGCUUCUCCCUUUGCUAUAAUUUUCCCUCGAAACCUCUUCUCACUCACUCUCUCUCUUUACUCACUCUUGUAUUUCUCUCAAUACACUUUCUCUCUCUUAGCAACCACAUUAUCGCUUUCUGGGUUUUGUUCCAAAAGGAAGAUGCUUAUGGAAAAAAGCUUGAUUCUUUGAUAUAGCCCAUUACAAAAGGCUUCAUUUUAAUGAUAUAUUUCUGGGUUUUAUAGACUAUCGUUGAGGAGCUCCUUCAAUGGCAGAUAGGUUUGACUGUGUUAACUCGAACCUUCUCUGUGAGGAGAAUACCAAUACUUGCUUUGAUGAUGAUCUUGGUUGUAAUAAUGCCACUGAUGAGCUUGGGGUAUCAUCUCCUUUGAUGCCCCAACAACCAAAAAAAGGAAUCCAUGAUCAAGAACCGAGUUUUGACCUUGAUAGAUCCAAACCUUUGAUGAGUUUUCCAUUACAGAGUGAAGAGAUUGUCCGUACAAUGGUUGUAAGGGAGAGUGAGCAUCUGCCAAGAGCUGAUUACCUCAAGAGACUGCGCAGUGGAGACUUGGACUUGAGCGUUAGAAGAGAAGCUCUUGAUUGGAUUUGGAAGGCUCAAGCUCAUUACAGUUUUGGACCCAUGUGUGUCUGUCUAGCUAUGAACUACUUAGACCGGUUCCUUUCACUUUAUGAAUUGCCUAGAGGUAAAGCGUGGACUGUACAAUUGUUAGCUGUAGCUUGUUUGUCAUUAGCAGCAAAAAUGGAUGAGACUAAAGUGCCUCAGUCUGUGGAUUUACAGGUUGGAGAUCCCAAGUUUUUAUUUGAGGCUAUAACUAUACAAAGAAUGGAGCUUUUAGUGUUGAGCACCCUGAAAUGGAGAUUGCAAACUUCUACUCCCUGCUCAUUCGUUGACUAUUUUCUCAGCAAGAUCAGUGAUGAUCAGUUUCCAUCAAUGUCAUCCUUAUGCCAAUCAGCACAACUCAUAUUGGGCACAAUCAGAGGAAUUGACUUCUUGGAAUUCAAACCUUCUGAAAUUGCUGCAGCGGUGGCAAUUUCUGUUUCAGGAGAAAUUAAAGCGGUGGACAUAGAUAGGGCCAUCUGCUCUUUCACACAUGUACAUAAGGGGAGAGUUUUGAAGUGUCUUGAACUGAUCAAAGAUUUGUCAUUGAUCAGUAGGUGCACCAAUGGAGUGAGUGGCUCAGCCUCAGCUCCAUCAUCAGUUCCCCAAAGCCCAGUUGGGGUUUUGGAUGCUGCUACAUGCUUGAGCUACAAAAGUGAUGAAUUGACAGUUGGGUCAUGUGCAAACUCUUCACUCAGUCUUGAUAUUAUUAGUAGUCCAGACACCAAGAGAAGGAAAUCUGGCGAUGCAUUAUCUGAUGUAGGAUUCAAGUCAUGAGAUUUGUCAAAGUUUCUCCACUCACACCACACACCUCAAUGAGUCCAAAUCGGUUUUGGUUGAAUGGGACUUUUUGGUGUGGUUUUGGAGGUAUUCCAUAUACUGAUGAAAUAUCACAGAGAGAGAAAGAUAGAGAGAGAGAGAGAGAGAGAGAGAGAGAGAGAGACAAAAGGAGUGAGCAAGUUUUUUUUUUCUUUUUUAAUUUAAACAAACAAAAUAAAUGUGGUGGAAAUGACACAUCAAGAGAAGGUUUUCAUGGUAGGGGCAUGAAAUGGAAGUUUUCCCAGCUACUUUACAUAAGCAGAACUCCUCUCAGCAUAAGCAUAUGGAUAUUUGAAGUAGUAGUGGGGUUUGGUGAUCCACAGUGAAGAACAAUACCAAAAGAUAAAUAUGCUUAUUUCAGUGGGAGGAGCCAGAUGAACAUUUUCUCUAGUUUUGUGAUUUUCUCUUUUUAUCAAAUAACACAGUAAACAAUUUUUUUUCCUUUUUAUUUUUUGGGUUAACAUGGAAAAUGAUGAUCUUAUUUAUAUCGCAAUAAAAAAUAUAAAUUUGAUAAGCUUUGGUUUGGGCUUA